GAUAAACCAAAACCAAUAAAGAUGACAAUAAAUAAAAUUUUGUUUAUCAGAGUGCAGUUGUCAAGCUUUAGAUUAUUCUGUUAAUAACGUUUACAAUGGUUUAAUCAAAUGUCAAAAUUUUGUUCAACUGUCAUUUUGAAUUGUAUGGCUAUAGUUUAGAUGUAACGUCGUACAGAGUGGUGUUAUUGUAGUUCUGCAUGCUGUAUAGGAACCUAAAUACUCUGCGAGUGUAGUUUGUAAACUGACAAUUUACGGUAAAUGAACAGGGUAGGACGAAAUGGAAGAACUACGGAUGGUCGUUCAAGACGAAGGAAAAUCGGCGAAACAUUCGAUUGCCUUUCACGUACCUCUUAACCAGACACAGCUAGACUCAGGGAAAGUACUAGUACGCAAACCUCCAUCAUCACCUAGACCGACAACAGAUUCCAAAAAAGAAGAUCCUUUGCAAAUCUGUAAAAGAGCCCAAGAGAAUUUAAAACCUGGCCCCCGUGUACGAUCGGCGUCAACAGGCAGGGACAAGAAAUCUGAACUUCAAGCAAGAUAUUGGGCAUUUUUAUUUGGAAAUCUUCAGAGAGCUGUUGAUGAGAUAUAUCAGACAUGUGAAACUGAUGAGAGUGUUUCUGAGUGUAAGGAGGUUAUUCUUGUCCUUGACAACUACACACGGGAUUUCCAUAACUUAAUUGAAUGGUUCAAACUGAAGUGGGAAUAUGAAAACACACCACCUCCUCAACGGCCAACAUCUUAUGCAUGGGAAGUACGGAAGUCCUCUCCAGGAAAGGCUCGUAAUAUUCCCGUAGUCAACAAAUUUGAGCGAACAGUGCAAGGACCAAGUUCAUCCUCUGUGGAAGCUGUAAAGCAGGAAGAAACUGUCUCUGUGAAGGUAUCACCUGUGGGCACUCAGGAAACAUCAUCCAAUGUAAACAGCACCACUGUACCAGAAUUGUCCACAGAUAUUGUUGAAGUGCAUACAGCAGAUAAUGAAGAUGCCCAUCAGGCAAAAACUGAUCCAGUCAGACAAAAUGACUCAAAAGUGGCCGGAUCAGCCGUUGAAGGUGUAGAGGUGAUUUCACGCAUUGGACCUCAGACAGAUACAUUAAGAACUGAAGCUGAUGAUAAAGGCAUUAGUGAUUUAGGUGAUGUGUUAGCUAGACAAAGAGAUGCUUGUGCUGAAACUGUAAAGAGUACGCAAAAAGAAACACACAUCAGAAAAGAUGAUGAGGCAGAGAGAUGUUCUGAAACUCCAGUUGACACUUCAGAUGUUCCAAAAUGUGAAAAAAUCUGUUCAGAUGUUAAAAGUAGCAAUGGUGUUAGUUCCAUGAGGCAUACUUCUCAAGUAACAGAAGGAAGCAAUUUCAGAGAGGAUAAGGGCACAAGCACAUGUUCACUGCAGGAUGAGCCAGGAGGUCUUGCGCCCAGUGAAAGUGAAGUUGUGAUGGUCCAUCAGGCUUCACAGACAGAUAUGGAACAAUGUGUAGAGGAUUCUGAUGGCAUCCGGUUUGUGUCCAUCGUGGAACAGCCAGCACAUGAAUGUGACACUUCUCAUUCACAGUGUGCAGAAAACAAUGCUGUUGAUCCAGCAAAUGCAGCAGAAUCAACAGUAGUUAAAGUCAGUACUUCUGUACCACAUGUGAGUGUAGCAGCUGUUCCUACUGCCAGUACAUCUUCAACAAUACCAGGACCAGCGCUUUCAUCUGUAUCAGCUCCUCCUGCAGCAGCUUCAACUGUUGUGCCAGCACAACAACCAGCAGUGGCAGCUCAGUUAGUGCCUCCAAGUACAGACAAAACAUCUAUGGUUUCAGGGAGAACUCUAUUACAGCUAUCGAAACCCUCUGCGAGGACUUCGAGUGCACCUCUCCCACGUUCUCAGUCUGUGUCAUCCACAAGACCACCUUACUCUGCAGUGUCAAGGAGUGCUACCCCUCGUAUUGCACCUAUCUCUGCAAGAGCAGUAGCUCCUGGCAGAGGCACUACCGCAGCUGUAGUGGCUGGGACAAGAGGAAUUUCCAGGCCUGGAAUGUCUCCACAACCUCUUCCCAGAGGCUUACCAAGUCCACACCUUGUCCGAAGCAGGACCUCUACAGAUGUCAGAUUUGGCAGAGGCACCAGUCUCCAACGACCAGUUAUGGAUGCAUCUUCCAAAGUUAACAGAACCCCUCUAGCUCCAAGACAACAGGUUAGAACACCAAAUCAGCAGAGUCGGCAGGCAUGUGGUAUUCCUGGAAAGGAAAACUUAGUCAGGACACAGAAGAAUAGCCCUAUAGGAUCAAGUUCUUCAUUAAACAGCUCAACAUCUUCUGACAAGGUGAAGCAACCUACCACAGUCUCUGUUGAGGUUUUGCCACGCACUGCUGAUGAUGAUGAUACUCAAGGCUGGGAAACAGUGAAAGGCCGUUCCCGCUCAUCACGUGUAUCUCCAACGAGUAAGGUCGCUGCAGGGCAAGGACUCUCACGGCUCAGCGGUAUGAGGUACCGAGCGCAGCUGCGUUUUAACCAGCCAACUGCUGCGUCGUCGCUUCCAGCAUUGGCACUUUCAGUGGCUGAAUCCAGCACUGAACUGACACCUGUUAAGGAGCAACGGAAGAAGACAAACAAUGUAAGCAGUUUCCGAACUGCAUCUGAGACAAAAAAAUUUACCAAAAUGAAAGAGCGGGACGUGAAUACGCAUCAGAAAUCUCAUAAUGGAAAGAACAGUAACCAUGUACAAGAGAAAAGCAAAUCUUCAGGUUCUCAGAAGAAGUUAAAUUCUGAAAAACCAGCGAUCGAUGGCCCCGUUUCAGUUGAAAUUACAAUUGAAUCAAAAAAUACUGAUUGUGAGCUGUCACUUUCAAAUGAGGAUGACAGUAACCACACAACAGAAGCCAUUAAGAACUUAAGAAAUAUAGAGAAUGGAAAAAUGAUUUUGGAAUCAAAAUUUGAGGACAUUCUGGAAGAGAAACAUUUAUUCAAUGAAGAAGAACUUCGUAAAAGCAAAGAGUUAUGUGCAGAAGAGGAAAUGCUUCGUAAAAAAAUACAUGAACUUCAGUCUACUGAGAUUGAAGUAGAUACUGAGACUGAUGAAACUGAAACAGAUGGUGAGGCCACAACUUGUCCCGAAGAUGAAAAUGGUAGAACAGAUGAAGAGAUUGGAGUUGACAGCAUGUCACUGGAAGCCAGAUAUGAAAAUAUACUGGAAGGAAUGUCAUGGUCUGAACGAAUGGAUGCAUUAGAGCAGCUGCAAGAACUUGUUGCAAGGCACCCUGGACGAGCUCUUGAGCUUCACCAGAAACUGUCAUCUCCAUCACGUCGUCGCACUGUUCCUGAAACUUUGCGUCGCUUCCAAGCAAAACAGGCACAGGCCGAAGAAAAACGUGAGAAACUGAAACUGGAACGAAGUCAACGCCUUCGGGAACUUCUAAACAAGGUGGAAGAGGUAAAGGCUGCCCAGGCCCAACUCAUAGAGGAUAAAAGAAACCGCCUUGAAAUGAAGCUUAAACGUGCUGAAGUCAACCGUAAGCUGCACCUUCAAGGCAUUGUACGUAAGGCUCACGAUGAAGAGGAGAAACUGAAGGAGAUUGCAUUCAUCACUGAACUGUCAGCACAAAACAAGAGACACGAUUUUAUGGCUCAAUGCCAGGAACAAGAGGAACGACUCCAAGGCAUACAUGAAGAACGACAGAGAAAACAGGAAGAGAAAGCAGCUAAAGAGGCAGCUGCAGAAGAGAGGCGAAGACUUCUGGAGGCAGAGAGGCAGGAAAGAUUAGAAAAAAUGCAAGAACUUAGGAGAAAGAGAGAGGAAAGAGUUGGACGAAAACAGCAAGAAAAGGAAAAAGAAAGGCAAGAACAUGCAAGAGAAAGGGCAAGAGACCGAGAAGAACGUCUUUCAGCUUUGCAUGCAGCUCAGUUAGCCAAUCAAGAAGAGCUGCAAAAAAAGAUACAGCAGAAGCAAGAAGAUUCAGCACGUCGCCAUGAAGAAAAUAUUGAGCAGAUUCGACAGAAAGCCUUAGAAUCCAGCAUCCUCCGAUACUCAACUGAUGAUUUACCGCCAAGGCUGGCACCAUAUGAAACACUAAAAUUAUGUGAAAUCUGUAAUGUUUUGAUUGGUUCAGAAGUAUACUUACUGAGCCAUCUCCGUGGACGACAACACCAGGAAGCGUUGCAACAGAAGCAAGAUGUUACAGCACUUUCAAGAGAGGAACUGCUGUCAUUCAGCAUAACACACAUUGUUGAUGCGCCAGCUGACAAGAUAGAUCCUCGAAUUGCACUUGAUAAGGAACGUCAGAAAGCACUCAAGAAGCGGUGCAAAAAGAUCCGCCUACGAAUGGCUUCGAGAGGGCAGGAAUAUGAAUCCAAGAGGGAGAUUCCACAAAAAAUAGAGUCUCCAAAUAAAGUUCGCCUCCAGAAAUGUCUCCGUGAUGUUGAGAAGUUACACAACACGCAAGGGAAAGGGCAGUGGCCAAAUAAUGCUGUAACAGCUCUUGAACGAGCCUUGGGUGAAGUGAACCGCAUCCUGUCCAAACAGAAUACGCUUGAUCAGUUGGCUUUCCAGGCACUGAAUGGUUUUACUGUGCUUUCAAACAUGCUUAAUUUGGCUAUGGAUGUACCUCCAAACAUGGCUCCAUACUUGUCUUCCAAAUGCUAUGUAACAGUAUGUACGUCAUAUACUCUUGCUUGUCAAGCAAAUGAAGUAAACUGCAAAUACGUUUUGUUUAGCAAUAAAGUGAGCACAGUAUUGGACCUUCUUCACCACAGAUUAACAGAGCUGAUCCCAGACCGCGGCCGAGGUCUGGCGGUAAUCAGUGCCAGUGGAAAUGCGACGCUUCCUGUGGACAACUUGGCCGGAGCGUUGAUGAAGCUCUUGGCACUCGUCCUUACCCACGCAGCGUCGCCUGAGGACGGCCCUAAAGAUGACGUCACAGUCCGAAUACAGGAUGUUAUCAGCUACACUGUGAGCUUGGGCGUUGUGGACCGUCUGGCAGCCUACUGCGGGGGCGUCAGGGACCCUAUCGACAACGACCCCAAUGGAGCCAACUUUCUACUAGCUGGUCUCGAGCUUCUGUCGACGCUUGCAGCUAGGUGCAGCGGCGCGGCGGACGGCGGCACGCAGCUGUCUGGCGCGCUGCAGGUGACGGAGCUGGUGGGCGCCGUGUCGAUGCUGUACGGCGCGCUGCUGCGCCAGGGCGCGCCCGCCGCCAAACCGCCCCCGCCGCUGCCGCCCCACACCGUCAGCGUCGCGCUCGCCACCUUCCGCCUGCUCGGCCACGUCGCCGAGCUGCACCUGCCCAUGUUCCAGAGCGUGCUCGGCGCUGAGGGAAUCUCGCUGCAGUUCCGGCACAUAGCGUCCUACCUGCUGUGGUACUGCUCGCACGCGAGCGAGAACGACCUGCUGCACGAGGUUGUAAGAGUCGUCGGCUUUUUCGCAGUUCGCAAUCCGGACAACCAGAUGAUGUUGCAGUCGGGCAACACGCCGACGGUGCUGCAGCAGCUGUGCGGGCUGCCGCUCGCCUACUUCAGCAGGCCGGAGCUGUCUGCGCUGCUCUUCCCCACGCUGCUCGCCUGCUGCUCCGGCAACCAGCAGAACAGAGCCAUCCUCGAGCAGGAGGUCAGCUACCAGUUGCUGGAGGAGUUCCGGCAGUCGGAGGCCGCCAAGAAGAGCCGCCUGGUAGCACUACUGGAUGCCAACAGCGACGCCUGAACCUGGGUGCAGCCUGCAGACGACCGACGGAUUGAUUACUUCUGUACUGGCUAAGGCAGCUCAACACUAAGUGGGGAUGCAUUUCCUCAGUCGGAUCAUAUUUUCUCAUUACUCCUCCAUUUCGCCGAAACGUAGUAACCAUAGUUAAAGCUAGAUAAUCUGUGUGUGGGCUUUAAUUGGGCUUUAAUUAUCUACUUACAUACUGAGGGCUUUUUUUUUUCAGCUGUCGAACGUUGAAUACAAAGACUGAACUUUUCGGUGAUGUUAAAAUUGUUUCCUUACCAACAACAGUUUAUAAGCAGUAGACCUGUUUGUGACGCACUGAUGCUGCGUCCUUUUAGGAAUAUCCUGCUCUGGAAUUUGUGUACGGUACUUCUUCCUACUCGGUUUUGUGACUAAUUUUCAUUCCUUGAAGUGCUCUGAUGGAACGAUUCUAGAUCAGUAACGCCAAAAACUGUACUUAGUUGUUAGGAACAUUAUAAGAAUUUAAUGAAAGUCAUUAAUACUAUUCGGUAUAUAAAGUAUAUCUAAAAAACUAUGUAGUAUGUGUAAAUAUAUGUAUAUUAAUUUACUUUAUAAUUCACCCUCGUUAAUAUUUUCGCGUGAUGAUAUUACCACACUAAGCAAUUUUUUUCCCUGAGACAUAGGAAUUUUAUGUGGUUUAACCAGUCAAAGUAUGUGGUUAAUGGCAACAUAUGUGCUUCCUAUUCUACGGAGCAGUGUUUUUCUUUAGGUUCCGAAGUAGUACCUGUAACAGUAACCUACACUUAGAAGCAUACAUGAAGUGCCUGGAUCAAAUAACUCGCAGCGGUAUGUUGAAAUAAGCAAUGCAACUAAGACUGGAGGUAUGAAAGUGUAAUGUGACUUUCAGGUGUAAUAUAAGUGCCCGAUAUACUAAAUUUACGUAAUUGCACUUUGCCUGCAUCACUAUAACUAUUACCAUCCAGGAAAGAAUUUAAUGGUCGCUUAAUUACAGACUUUUGCAUACUGAGAUAAAAUAAUCAGUCUAUGUUAAUCAUGAAUCUACGAGGGACUUCGCAUUCACAGUUGGUCCUCAAGUAUUUCUCGAAUAAAGCAGAUUUAGCGUAAUUUACAUGCAACUAAUGACCUCUUUUUACAUCGAAACUUCAGAGCUUUAUGUAGCAUAUUUGUAUUUUCGAAAUAUUUUGUAAGUAUUAUAAUCCUUCCGGUCCUCCACAUGUGGCAAUCUUGUCAGUCUGUCUUGUAGAAAUUUGCUGUGAGCAUCAUAGUUGAAAUCGGUAAAGGUCAAUUAGUGUAACAGAAAACUGUUACGAAACAUAAGAUUGUCUUCAUUACUUACAACAUAUUUUGGCGUAACAUAGGGUAUGUGAAAACGGUGCAAAGAAUCAUGAAGGUAGACAGUAUACUGUUAUACAAGAAUUCAGUAAAAUAAGAAUUUGUGUUAUGAGUAUUGUGUUGCCAGCAAGUAAUAAGUUUCUAAUCACAUGUAACCUUUUAUUUCAUCCUCGUAGUGUCCUUACCUAAUGUGUGGAAAAUAAUAGUAUCAAUUAAUUAUUGACACAAUUAGCAAGUAUUUAGUUAGCUUGAGAAGCACAAGAAUGUUUUCAGUAUUAUAUUUUAGCAUUUGUCAAAAGUGAAAUGUAACCUUGUUUAGCGUAUAUAUACUCCUAAUAAAAUUGUAA